UGGUGGGAGGGGAGGUUAUUUGAAGGAUUAAAGAAAUCAUAGAGAUUUUAUUUAAACAAUUUAAGCAUGAGUUGGGUUCCGAACAAGCUCCUAGCCAUUCUUCUGUCUCUGAUGUCUUUUCUCUGUACUGGGCAUGGAAUUGAGAAAUCAGGGAGCAUGCGCUCUGAUCCAGGAGACUCUCAGCCUUCAGAACUGAACCUCUCAAGCAAGGAAGGACAGAUUCUAACACUCAAUUUCACAUUUCCAAAGAAACUCAGCGGCACUGAAAGCAUGAACCUGAACCUGAAAAAGAAUCAGAAGAAGAUUGCAGAGAUCAAUUUCAUGGGAGGGCAGGGAAACAAAUAUAAUGGAAAAAGGCUAACAUUCAUCUGGCAGGGAGAGACACAGACAGCCACACUGUCCAUUUCAGGACUCAUUAAGAAUGACUCGGGGGUAUACCAGUGCAACUACGUCCUUAACUCCAAGAUCGAAGUCAGCAAUUCUAUCAACCUGACCGUCAGAACCGAAGAAAGCUCUUACACCAAUCAGACAGAUUUGUCAGACCCCGCGAGCACUGCAGACAGCCAUCCUCAGGAUCACAGCAUUCCCCAGAAUCCUGUCAUUGCUGCCUCCGUGACUGUCAUGGCCCUGCUGCUUCUAGUGCUCAGUAUCACUGUGUUCCUCAUCUGGGAUCGGAAUAAAGGCACCUCCAGCCCACAGCCCACCACAAUCAAACGCCAGCAGGAGAGCAAGCAAUCCCAGGCCGUGCCAGUCUACUCCAUUGAGUAUGGGGUCCUGGAAUUCCCGAGGCGCGACACCCUUCCUCCAGCCACGAUGCCAGAACACAAUGACCACGUAGAAUACGCCACCAUCACCUUCCCUGCAGGACAGGAGGGGGGGUCGGGGGGUCGGCACUGCUGGAGUCAUGGCAGGUAGCAUAGAGAGAGAGAGAGAGAGAGAGAGGGAGAGAGAGAGAGAGGAGAGGAGAGAGAGAGGAGGAGAGUGGGAGAGAGGAGAGAGGAGGAGAGAGAGAGAGGGAGAGAGAGA